GCAGGCUCCGUUGUGCUCACAAACCACACAAGCCAAUUAAGCUCUCAUUUCAUUCUUACACUACUUGUUUCAUUCUCCUCUUGUGUCUUACUAGCUCAUCAUCAUCAAUUCAUCAUGGCUGUUCUUACUUUCACUGACGAGACUACCUCUACCGUAGCUCCUGCUAAGCUUUUCAAAGCUCUGGUUCUAGAUGUUGAUACCAUCGUCCCAAAGGUUAUUCCUGUUUUCAAGAGUGUUGAAUUUGUUGAAGGAGAUAGUACUGCUGUCGGAGCCGUAAAAAAAAUCACUAUCAAUGAAGGUGGAGAAGACAAGUAUGUGUUGCACAAAAUUGAUGCAAUUGAUGAGGCCAAUUUUGGAUACAACUACAGCAUCAUUGGAGGUGUUGGGUUGCCGGACUCCGUGGAGAAGAUUUUAUUUGAGACCAAAUUGAUUGCAGGGCCUGAUGGAGGUUCCAUUGCAAAGCUCACCGUCCACUUCCACCUCAAAGGUGAUGCUAAACCCACUGAAGCAGAGCUUAAGGAAGGCAAGGAAAAGGGUGAUGGUCUUUUCAAGGCAGUUGAGGGUUACGUCUUGGCCAAUCCCAAUUACUAAUCAACCAUAUUUCUAAGUGGUGUGAUCCAUCCAUUGCAUAUUGUGUGGUGUGCUCAAUUUGGCUGCAAUUGUGAUUCUCCUUUUUUCUUUUUAUUUUGCUUAUACUGGGGGGUUGUGAGAUGUAAUCUCGUGAGUGUUGUACUUGUCUUCAUCAAUAAAUUAAUAAAAUGAUACCAUAAGAAUUACAAGAAAAA